UACACCAUCACCAUGUACUUCCAGCAGUCAUGGAGAGACAAGCGGCUGUCCUACACGGGUAUUCCUCUCAACCUGACUCUGGACAACAGGGUGGCGGACCAGCUGUGGGUCCCGGACACUUACUUCAUUAAUGACAAGAAGUCCUUCGUUCAUGGGGUGACGGUCAAGAACCGCAUGAUCCGACUGCACCCCGAUGGAACCGUGCUCUACGGUCUCAGGAUCACGACUACGGCGGCCUGCAUGAUGGACCUGCGCAGAUACCCGCUGGACGAGCAGAACUGCACCCUGGAGAUAGAGAGCUAUGGAUACACGACAGACGACAUUGAGUUCUACUGGCAGGGAGGAAGUUCUGGAAAUUCAGUCACUGGGGUUGAGAAUAUUGAACUACCCCAGUUCUCCAUCAUGGACUACCAAACCCUCUCCAAGAAAGCUGUGUUUGCAACAGGCUCUUAUCCGCGGUUGUCGCUGAGUUUCAAGUUGAAGAGGAACAUUGGUUACUUCAUCCUCCAAACAUACAUGCCCUCCACCCUGAUUACCAUUUUAUCCUGGGUCUCCUUCUGGAUAAACUAUGAUGCUUCUGCUGCCAGAGUGGCCUUGGGUAUAACCACGGUGCUAACCAUGACCACCAUCAAUACCCACCUGAGGGAGACUCUACCCAAGAUCCCAUACGUCAAGGCCAUUGAUAUUUACCUCAUGGGCUGUUUUGUCUUUGUGUUCCUGGCCUUGCUGGAGUAUGCCUUUGUCAACUACAUCUUUUUUGGACGAGGCCCUCACUUGCAGAAGAAGGUGGCAGAAAAAGCUGCUAAGACCAACAAUGAAAACAAGAGCAGAUUGGAAAGCAGCAAAGUCGAUGCCCAUGGCAACAUCCUUCUGACCAACCUGACCAAUGAGAUGAGUGGGGCAGAUAUGAUCGGGGCUCUCAAUGACCCCCGUGCCACCAUGUUUUCUUAUGACAGCGCAAGCAUACAGUACCGCAAGCCCAUGACUAGCCGAGACCUGUAUGGUCGACCAGCCAUUGACCGUCCCAUGGCCCAUAAGAAGGGUCGCUUGAGAAGGAGGGCGUCACAGCUCAAAGUCAAGAUCCCUGACCUUACUGAUGUCAAUGCCAUUGACAAAUGGUCCCGUGUCAUCUUUCCAAUCACUUUCACCUUCUUCAACCUGGUCUACUGGCUUUAUUAUGUCCACUAG